CCCCCCCCCCCCUCUGUCCUCUCUCCUCUCUCUGUCUCUCUCUCCAUCAUGUUUAGGGGAAUGUUCCUCUUCGCUGCUAGUUACAUAGCCCUUCUUGUUUUUCAUGUUCAUUUUUUGUUUUAUGUGAAUUGCGAUACUAAUAAUCAAAAUCAGCAGCAGCAACUCCUCCACAAGAAUUCUUGCGGUGACGUCCAUAACAUCAGUUUCCCGUUUCGACUCAAAUCCGACCCACUUGAUAAUUGUGGAGACAAGAAUUUCGAGCUUGAGUGCCAGAACAAUCGGACAUUACUAUACUUGUAUUCUGCGUUCGUGAGUUGUGAAAAACCAGUGAAAUCUCCUCUCUACAUAGACACUAGUAGCAAGAUUAGUACUGCUGCUUCCUGUGAAAUCAAAGGAGAAGGGGUCAGUUCGUCAUCGGCGAAAAAGCAUUCAUAUGUUCUGGUCGGAAGCUACUAUUCUCUUAAUUGGUCAGAUGUUGAAGACUUGUGCAGCGUCGACAUGGUUUUUCCGACGAGGAGACGUAACAUUACGAGCUUGUUGGAGGUCCACAACGCAUUGGCUGAUGGAUUUGAUCUUUCCUGGGGUUUCUACGACUACAAACAAUGCAUACGUCAGGCCCAUUGCUUCUCUAAUUAUGAUCAAAAUGCCACCGUCGGCGCUUGCAGUGGUCGUCCAUACGGAAUUUGGGCGGUCCUAGGUGCGUCCGUCCAAAUCACCCUUUUUUAAAUUUAUUUUUAAUCU